ACUGCCAAACACAACAGCCGGAUAGACGGUGGCGAUUUGGUACUCGACUCAGAACUAGCACUACUGCCACCCCAGGGCCAUAUCUGUGGAAUUGGCCAAAGUAUGGAGGCUAGAAUAGAGCCCCAGAAACUUGGCAUCCGUGCACAGCCUCCUGCACUCAUCCUCAUUUAUCGUAAUUCUGAUGGGAGGGAGAGGCAGCGUACAAUGCCAAUCAGGUUUUUGAACAAAUAUGGGACUGUGGAGAAGGUUUUAAAGGAGCUGAAGGAAAGACAUAAAGAAACAUUUGGAAAAGACAGUCAUUACCAGUCAUUAGUCAUAGUGUGGCUGGACCUGUGCAAUGACAAAGACUGGCAGGUAUUUGGUGCAUGUGGCUUUGAUGUCUCCAUAGGUGUCAAAACGCUUGUUGCCCAGAGAUUUCUUACUUGCGCAUUUAUUGAAAUACCUUUGUACAUGACAUCACGUUCCAGAUCUGAGAAUGGAGAAGAUGCUGAGGAUUUUACAGGAAUCCAAAAGGGUCGAAGCAUAGAUGAGGCUGUGUCUAAUAUAAGUAAAGACUAUGAUCUGGAUCCAAAUCAGGACCUGAAUAAGUUGAAUGAUGAACAGCUGAACAGAAAGAAGAAGAUAAUGGACAACACUUUCCAGAAAAAUCAGUUGAAGCCAGGUGAUCCAGGCUAUGAAUAUGACAAGCAGGUAGACUUUGACACUGCAGAGAAGGUAGAAGCUGGCUGGGAUUCUUUUGAAGAGGACUUUUGGUCUUAACACAGGCGUGUAAGUUUUUUGU